CCCACGUUACUAACUUAUAAUAUGAAUGAAACGUCCCAGGACAAAGCAGUAUUCACUCUCGAGUUGUGGCGUGUGUAUGUGGUAUAUUCAACAUGAAACGACGAAUCAAGCUAGUGAGUGAUGUAUGGUACGAUGGUGACAAGUAGUGCUGCUUACAAGCAGCCGGCUGCUUGGAGCAGGUCGGUGAGCUUGCCCGCAGCGUCCAAGUCAGCAAUCUUGUCGGAGCUGCCAAUGUACUUGCCUCCAAUCCAGAUGCUCGGGUACGAGUUGGAUCCGGUGAUCGACGUCAGCGCCGCCGAGAUGGCGUCCCCCGCAGGUCCUUCGCCCGCCACUUUCGUGUCGAGUUCCAAAAACGUGAGCUUGCCGCCCACGUCGGCCACCGUCUCUUUGGUCCACUCGCACGCUUCGCACCACGUCGCCCCAAAGCCCACACAUGCGUGCUGGUGGAUGAAGUAGUUGAUGUACGCGACCGGUUCGUUGGGGAUCCCGUCCUUGGCUUCGGCUUCUUGGUGGUCGGGCACCAAGGGGGUCACAGGGGCAGGGGCGGCGGUCGUAGUUGUUGCAGCAGUGGUAGGUGCAGCGGUGGUCGUGGGGGCAGUGGCGGUGGUGGUAGGUGCAGCGGUGGUGGUGGUGGGUGCAGCAGAAACGUCGCCGCAGCACACGCUGACCUCUUCCCCGACUGUGAGCAGGCUGGAGCACCGUUUGUUUUGCGUGUUGAAAAUCGUGGGGAACGCGUCCUUCUUGCACGCACCAGAGUACCCCUCGCACGCUUUGUUUAAGAUAGCCCACGACGAGUCACCGACCACGACCUUGUACUUGACGCAUUUGGCCAAGUCAAUCGAUUCGUCUGUGGUUGAGGGGGUGGUGGUAGUAGGUGCAGCAGUGGUAGGGGUAGUAGUAGUCGUGGUGGUGGUCGUGGGGGCUUGAGUAGUAGUAGUUGUGGUAGGUGCAGCAGUGGUACUGGUCGUAGUAGGUGCAACAGUCGUUGUAGUCGUAGUAGGUGCAGCAGUGGUGGUAGUAGUAGUAGUUGGGGCCUCGGUCGUGGGUUUGUUGUGGGAAAUAACCACCCGUUUGGUGAUGGUCACAAUGGUCUCCCGUUGCGUGGUGGUAGGUGCAACUGUCGUGUUAGCAUCCAUUUCAUUCUUGUCACACGGGGAAGGGAGCGGGCGGGCGGGGGGCGGGUGCGGGUCUUGGUAGGUGCAGCGGUCGUGGUAGCCGGUGCAGCAGUCGUGGUAGGUGCAGCCGUGGUGGUGGUAGCCGGGGCGGCCGUCGUCGUCGGCGCCACGGUCGUGGUGGUGGUGGGUGCAACAGCGGUCGCCGGGGCCUGCACGGGAGGCGCCAGGGUGGCAGGCGCGGGUUGGUUGUUGUACUCGCACGGAAGCGGGGCUUGCUUCUUCUUGCCAUGAUGCGCGAGCUCAAACACCCACUUUUGGUUUUGCACAGUGAUAUCACAAAACUGCACGUGCAGGGGCUGGUUGGGUCCGUCGGUGGCCAAACACAGGCCCAUCUUCUCCAUAUAGUAGAUUUGUCCGGUCAAGUCGUUAUACGACCACUGCUGGAACUCGUUGUCCGCGUCACACAGUCGUCCUUGAACGGCGCCGUGGAUCUUGUCCUCCACGAGCGUCAAGCACGCCUGGCUGUUGGUUUUGCUGCGGAUGGUCUUGGCAAGGGGAUCGUAAAACCACGUUUGAGAGUCGGGGUGCACCGAGUCCACUUUGGAAAGUGUGGUAGCCACGACCCGGCCAAACGAUUCCGUGAUCUUCCAGUCUGUACCCGCAAUCUUGAUGGUCACUUCUUCCGUCUCAAACGGGCGGAUGCUGAACUUGGUCGAGUCGUCAAAUGAACACGGCACGACUUGAAGCAACCCGUCGUUGGACCGGAUGCACUUGCCAGGGCUGGUUUCACUCAGGGACACAAAUACCCCCACGGGUACACGGACUUCGGACGCCUUGGGCCCAAGGAAUACCCCAGGGGCGGCGGUGCUCGGGGCCGGCUGCGGGGGACGAGUCGCCGGGCGGUGGGUGGACGUGGUCGGGCGGCGGGUGGGGGCGGCCUUCGGGGGCACAGGGACGAACGCCGGCAACGAGCCGCACCACCGAUGGGUCGACUUGGGCAUGAGGCCACAGUCACGGGGGCCCCAGUUGGCAUAGCACAGCGAGUAGUACGGCGUGAAGAACUGGCAGUUGCGGCAGUCCCCACACUCGGCGUAGUACUUGGCGAGGGGGUUGACUGGAGCGGCGGUCGGGGGAUCGGUCGGGGGGUCGGU